UAGACUUGGCUUUGCAAACGAACUUUUAUAAAUUUUUCAUUUUUGCAAAGGUUCGCUGACAUACCGAAAUAAUUUCUAAAUUCUGUUGAUUUCGCCUUUCGGUCGAAACUCAUAUUAGUAUUAACAUUAAAAUAAAACAUUUGUACACAUGACGUUGUUCUUAAUAGUAGUAGGAUUUAAUUUUUCCAACAUGAGCCAACCAGAUCUGCCAGAUUACUUAAUCCAGUACGUAGUUCUCCGCGGCGAUCUGAAAUGGCCUACCGGUGCGCUGGUUGCGCAAGGCUGCCAUGCUUCAUGUGCUGUGAACCAUAUUUUCCGCGAUGAUCCUGAGACACAAAGGUUCCUAGCAGAUCUGGACCGCAUGCACGUGUGUGUCCUGAAGGCAACCGAUGAGAAAGUCCUCAUGGAUUUGGUUGAGGAACUGAAAUCCAGAAGUAUCGGCCAUAAAUUGUGGAUUGAAGAGCCAGAGAACGUGGCGAGCUGUUUAGCCGUGAAGCCUUGUUUCAAGCGCACCGUCGAAGGCCUAAUGAAGCAUCUGAAAUUAUUUAGAUAACAAUACUGACUAACUGCAAGACAAUUCGCGAGUUGAUGGGAAGUGAAGGUUCACACAGGUUGCCGGUUUCCGUGUCCAUUUGUAUUUCGAAAGCUAUGAGGAAUUUUGGUUUGUGGAGAGAGCUGUCACAUCAGCAGAAGAUCGGAGAUGGGGCUUUUUGAUGUUUUUCCAUUUAAGUGCGCUCGGAUUGAAAAACCCGAUCCUUUUUGGACGGUAUAUCCUCUUAUAUCCUACCACAAGGAUAAUUCUCCAGAAAAGGGAUGAGAGGAUAAUUCAUUUGUUCUUUGCAUGGUCCUGAUGCGAUCCUGCUUUUUUACAAUGUGACCAACUAGGAAGCGUUUCCACGUGGGGAAAAUAAAGGUGGUUACCUGAAAUUCUGAAGCGAAAUAUCGAUGGGCUGACAUCGAGCAAGCGGGAGGAAAACAGCUUCAGUUUUAGGAAAUUCCGUGUUCAGUUUUAGCCCGCCUUCGGAGCCGGUUCAUUCUUGAAAAAUCUCGGGAAAAGAAAUUUUUUCAUGAUCUUUCUGCUGGGUAUCACCAAGUUCACGGAGAAACAGCUGGUCAAUAAAUGGCGAGGGGCUGAUGGUGGAUCACGGUGGUUUUAGGUGAAGCUGAUACGAAGGUUCGGUUCCCAGCUUGCCGUAAUAAAUGCGGAAAGUCAGUGUCUGAUGUGAAUUAUGAACCAGCAGAGUGAUCCUGUGCCUUGUCUUCGGUGCUCACUGAGCCCUGAGGUGUAAUGCACGUAACACUCUUCAGUGUGACCAAGCAUUAGGUUUUUUUUUGGAACAACGCAACAGAGAGAUUAUAAAGAAGUUUUUAAGUGGACGUUCCUUGAUACAGACAGCAGGAGACUUAUAAAGACUGAUUGCACCUGCCGGCUGGUUUCCCAUUCGGCUCUUGCCCCAAACCACGCUGUUGCGGAUACGUAGUUUGGGAUUUAAACGUCUUCCUAUGCAUAAGGCUGGUGGGUCGAGAUGUUCGGGAGCUCGAAAGGACAGUGUCAAACUGGUGUGGACCGGUAUUAGCUAUUGGAAGCUAGAAUCAACUGCGCUGUCAUUUUGGCCUUCAGUGCAACUGUUUGGAUCCGGGCUGCGUUAAUCGUCUGCAUCGGUACGGUCAUCCACCAAACUAUUGGGUGACUUCCCGGAUUCUGGAACAAGCCAUUGACGAAUGAAUUUCAAACAUUGAGCACGAUCAUAGUACCAUUGAAGUGAAAUAUUAGAACUCGAUUGUUUAUUGUUAAGAUAAAUAUUUAUAUUUUAAAGUUGCUGUUUUUGUGGUUUAUGCCUUUAUUGACUCUGAAUACACUUACAGUUCGUACAAUUAAAACUACUUACUUCAA